AUGGGCGAGGCGGGGCACGACGCGCCGGCGGUGAAGGAGGAGGGGAAGGGGGCGAUGGCGGCGCCGUUCCCGGCGUGGGCGCGGACGGUGGAGGAGUGCGAGAAGCGGUUCGGGACGGACCGUGACCGCGGGCUAUCGUCGUCGGAGGCGGCGGCGCGGCUGCGCGCGCACGGGCCCAACGAGCUGCUGGAGCACCCGGGCCCCUCCGUGCUGCAGCUCGUGGCGCAGCAGUUCGAGGACACGCUGGUCCGCAUCCUCCUCGCCGCCGCCGCCGUCUCCUUCGCGCUCGCGCUCUCCUCGUCGGCCGGCGCGCUCACGCUCUCGGCCUUCGUCGAGCCGCUCGUCAUCUUCCUCAUCCUCGUCGUCAACGCCGCCGUCGGGGUGUGGCAGGAGACCAACGCCGAGAAGGCACUCGAGGCCCUGCGCCAGAUCCAGUCCGACCACGCCGCCGUGCUCCGCGACGGCGAGUGGGCGCCCGCCCUCCCUGCCCGCGACCUCGUCCCGGGCGACGUCGUGAUGCUCCGCGUCGGGGACAAGGUGCCCGCCGACAUGCGGGUGCUCCGCCUCGUCUCCUCCACGCUCCGCGUCGAGCAGGGCUCCCUCACCGGCGAGACCAACUCCGUCAACAAGACGGCCCACGCCGUGCCCGCCGAGGACGCCGACAUCCAGGCCAAGGAGUGCAUGGUGUUCGCCGGCACUACCGUCGUCAAUGGCUCCGCCGUCUGCCUCGUCGUGCACACCGGGAUGGCCACCGAGAUCGGCAAGAUCCACUCGCAGAUCCACGAGGCCUCGCAGGAGGACGAUGACACGCCGCUCAAGAAGAAGCUCAACGAGUUCGGCGAGGCGCUCACCAAGAUCAUCGGCCUCAUAUGCAUCCUCGUGUGGCUCAUCAACGUCAAGUACUUCUUGACCUUCGAGCUCGACGGAUGGGUGCCCAGGAACAUACGCUUCUCGUUCGAGAAGUGCACAUACUACUUUGAGAUCGCCGUGGCGCUUGCCGUCGCCGCCAUACCCGAAGGAUUGCCUGCUGUGAUCACCACCUGCCUCGCCCUCGGAACGAGGAAGAUGGCCGCCAAGAACGCGCUUGUCAGGAAGCUGCCCAGUGUGGAGACUCUCGGCUGCACCACCGUGAUCUGCUCCGACAAGACCGGGACGCUGACCACCAACCAGAUGUCAGUCUCAAAGCUCGUUGCCAUCGGUGAUGCCCCAGGGAAAGUGAGGAGCUUCAAGGUGGACGGCACUUCGUAUGAUCCCCGUGAUGGGAAAAUUUAUGACUGGCCUGCUGGGAGGAUGGAUGCAAAUCUUGAGAUGAUCGCAAAGGUUGCCGCUGUGUGCAAUGAUGCCAGUGUCUCACAUUCUUCAAACCAGUAUGUUUCCACCGGAAUGCCGACCGAGGCUGCUUUGAAGGUCCUGGUUGAGAAAAUGGGUGUACCUGAAGGAAAGAACGGUCUGUCGGUGGAUCCGUCUGAGACAUUAGGCUGCUGCCGAUGGUGGAGCAAUGCUGCCAAAAGGAUUGCGACGCUCGAGUUCGACCGUAUGAGGAAAUCAAUGGGAAUCAUUGUCACCUCCAAAUCAGGAGGCAACACUUUACUUGUGAAGGGAGCUGUUGAAACCUUGCUGGAGAGGAGUAGCCAUAUCCAGCUCCAGGAUGGUUCAGUUGUGCCAUUAGAUGAGAAAUCAAGAAAAGCUAUUUUGGCUAGUCUCCAUGAAUUGUCAACAAAAGCUCUGCGGUGCCUCGGAUUUGCAUACAAGGAGGAUCUUGGUGAAUUCGCAACAUAUGAUGGCGAAUACCACCCUGCUCACAAGCUUUUGCUGGAUCCAGCCAAUUAUGCGGCUAUUGAAACUGACCUGAUAUUUGUUGGUCUUGCUGGCCUAAGGGAUCCUCCGAGGGAAGAGGUCUUUGAUGCUAUUGAGGACUGCAGAGCUGCGGGCAUCCGUGUUAUGGUGAUUACAGGAGACAACAAAGAAACUGCUGAGGCGAUAUGCCAUGAAAUCGGUGUAUUUUCACCUGAUGAAGACAUUAGCUUGAAGAGCUUUACGGGGAGGGAGUUCAUGGCACUUGAGGAUAAGAAGACACUGUUGCGAAGGAAAGGUGGCCUUCUGUUUUCUAGGGCAGAGCCCAGGCACAAGCAAGAGAUUGUGAGACUGUUAAAAGAAGACGGUGAGGUUGUUGCUAUGACUGGAGAUGGAGUAAAUGAUGCCCCUGCUCUAAAACUUGCUGACAUUGGUAUAGCAAUGGGUAUCACUGGCACUGAGGUCGCCAAAGAGGCUUCUGACAUGGUACUAGCUGAUGACAAUUUCAGUACCAUUGUUGCUGCUGUUGGUGAAGGCAGAUCUAUUUACAACAACAUGAAAGCUUUCAUAAGAUAUAUGAUUUCCUCAAACAUUGGUGAAGUUGCCUCGAUCUUCCUUACCUCUGCUUUGGGUAUUCCUGAGGGGUUGAUACCUGUUCAACUUCUGUGGGUAAAUCUGGUCACUGAUGGCCCCCCUGCGACUGCUUUGGGUUUCAAUCCUCCUGACAAGGACAUCAUGAAGAAACCACCAAGGAGGAGCGACGACUCACUGAUCACUCCCUGGAUUCUGUUCCGUUAUCUGGUCAUUGGCCUUUACGUGGGGGUUGCAACCGUUGGCAUCUUUGUCAUCUGGUACACCCAUGGAUCUUUCAUGGGCAUUGAUCUCACUGGAGACGGCCACACACUUGUCAGCUACUCGCAGCUCUCAAACUGGGGCCAGUGCUCUACCUGGGACAACUUCACAGCCGCGCCCUUCACUGCUGGAGCUAGAACUUUCACCUUCGACGACAACCCCUGCGACUACUUCCAGGCAGGCAAAGUGAAGGCGACGACGCUUUCGCUGUCCGUGCUCGUGGCGAUCGAGAUGUUCAACUCGCUCAACGCCCUCUCUGAGGACACGAGCCUGCUGAGGAUGCCUCCGUGGGUCAACCCGUGGCUGCUCCUGGCCAUGUCGGUGUCGUUCGGGCUGCACUUCCUCAUCCUCUACGUGCCGGUCCUCGCGCAAGUGUUUGGCAUUGUGCCGCUCAGCCUGAAUGAAUGGCUCCUGGUGCUGCUGGUGGCCCUCCCCGUGGUGCUCAUCGACGAGGUCCUCAAGUUCGUGGGCAGGAGCACGACCGCCUCAGGCCCCAAGCGGCGUUUAAAAAAGCAGAAGGGCGAGUGA